AUGGGCGUCAACCACAUCGUCAUGUUCCAGUUCAAGCCGGACGCCAGCGCCCAGUCCGUGAAGCAGUGCUGCGACGAGGUGCUCGGCCUCAAGGACCAGUGCGUCCUCGCCUCCACGGGAAAGCUGUACAUUGCCCGCUCCCAAGGCGGCAAGGACAUGUCCAUCCCCCCUCCGAAUGGCUUCACGCACGUCUUCGUCAUGGAGUUCGACUCGGUGGCCGAUAGGGACUUUUACGUCAAGGAGGACAAGGUCCACCACGGCUUCAUUAGCAAGUGGAUCAGCUCGGCGGACGGCAUUAUUUCCAAGGCCAUGGUUGUCGACUUUGUUCCCGGGUCUCUCGAGUGA